AUGUACGCAGGAAUGAUUCGGUUCGACCUUGUUUAUUUGAUUGAGGGUGUGCGACUACUUGGACCAAACUCGAUCAUUCAAGCUUCUCUGCCUCGCAUUCUCAAUGAGGCUCCGAAAAUCUAUUUCAAAGAUUACAUGGCAUAUGUUCAAAAAAAUGCGGAAUUAAUGUUUGAUAUCUUAUCACAAGCACAGCCUACUAUCGAACCUCAUAAAUCACAAGGUGCUCUCUACAUGCUCAUACGUAUUAAUCCUGAUCAAUUCGACGGAACAAUUGAGAACGAAAUAGAUUGUGCACAAAAAUUAAUGGAUGAGCAAGCGGUUUCAUGCAUACCGUGCACAUCGCUCCUUUUGAAAAUGUUCGAGAUGCAUGCCAACGAAUUGUGGAAUUUUGUCACAAGCACCAAAGGAAAAGCAACGGGCACACUCACAACAACACGGAGUGAUAUGUAA